AUGGAGAAGGUAGACACUACUGAGCGCCUGGCAAAGCUCAGGCAGCUCAUGUCAGAGCACAAGGUUGACGUAUACAUCCCGCACGAUCGAAUUCCGCGCCCUCGUCAGCUCGCAGGCUUACCCAUAACUGCAGAAUAUAUCUCUGGAUUCUCCGGCUCCGCAGGAACGGCCGUUGUGUCGUUAACAAACGCAGCUCUAUCGACAGAUGGCCGGUAUUUUAACCAGGCCGCCAAGCAGUUGGAUGACAAUUGGUUGCUGUUGAAGCGUGGACUGGAAGGCGUCCCGACCUGGCAGGAAUGGACAACGGAGCAAGCAGAGGGUGGAAAAGUCGUGGGUGUCGACCCGAGUCUGAUCACAGCCUCAAGCGCCCGCAAGCUCUCAGAGACGCUCAAUAAAAACGGCUCCUCUUUGGUAGGAAUCCAGCAGAAUUUGGUCGAUCUUGUCUGGGGCAAGGACCGUCCGGCUCGUCCAAACGAGAAGGUCAAGGUCCACCCGGAGAAGUUUGCUGGAAAGUCUUUCCAGGAGAAAAUCAGUGACUUGCGAAAGGACCUUCAGACGAAGAAACGGGCCGGAUUUGUUAUUUCAAUGCUUGAUGAAAUUGCUUGGCUCUUCAACUUGAGAGGGAACGACAUCCCUUACAACCCCGUGUUCUUUUCAUAUGCAGUGAUUACUCCCACUACAGCGGAGCUGUACAUCGAUGCCGAAAAAUUGACCCCAGAAGCGAAGAAACAUCUUGGCCAAGACGUCGUCAUUAAGCCCUAUGACACCAUAUUUGCUGAUGCGAAGACCUUAAGCGCGAAAGCCCCGACUGCGGCUGAUAAGACACCUACGAAAUUCCUCCUGUCCAACAAGGCUUCCUGGGCACUCAGUCUAAGCCUGGGCGGAGAGGGUCAGGUCGAAGAGGCUCGAAGCCCCAUCUCUGAUGCAAAGGCCAUCAAGAAUGAAGCGGAGGUGGAGGGCAUGAGAGCUUGUCAUAUCAGAGACGGUGCUGCUCUCACCGAGUACUUUGCCUGGCUUGAAAACGAGUUGGUUAACAAACAUACAAAGCUGGACGAGGUUGAAGCAGCAGACAAAUUGGAGCAGAUUCGGUCCAAGCAUGAGAACUUCGUCGGCCUUUCAUUCGACACCAUUUCUUCUACAGGCCCCAACGCGGCUGUUAUCCAUUAUAAGCCUGAGAAGGGAAGCUGUUCCGUAAUUGAUCCCAAGGCUAUCUACCUCUGCGACUCCGGCGCCCAGUAUCUGGAUGGCACUACCGACACCACACGCACAUUCCACUUUGGCCAGCCUACGGAAUUCGAGAAGAAGGCAUUCACCCUGGUCCUUAAGGGUCUCAUCGGAAUCGACACCGCAGUCUUCCCCAAAGGAACGAGCGGCUUUGCUCUUGAUGCUUUUGCAAGACAGCACUUGUGGAAGGAAGGCCUGGACUAUCUUCAUGGCACCGGUCACGGAAUCGGGUCCUACCUGAACGUCCACGAAGGUCCCAUCGGUAUUGGCACGCGCGUCCAGUAUUCUGAGGUUUCGCUGUCUCCAGGAAACGUCAUUUCCGAUGAACCCGGUUAUUACGAAGAUGGAAAGUUUGGUAUCCGUAUCGAGAACGUGAUUAUUGCUCGCGAGGUGCAAACGCGGAACCGUUUCGGUGACAAGGCGUGGCUGGGCUUCGAACAUGUUACCAUGACACCCUUGGGUCGCAAUCUGAUUGAACGAUCCCUGCUGACGGAGGCAGAGAUCAAAUGGGUCAAUGACUACCACGAAGAAGUCUGGGAGAAGACGCAGCACUUCUUUGAGAAGGACGACGGACGAAGCGGUUAUACGAACGGAAAUGGCUACGGCGACGGGAGCCGCUAUGACCAAGGAUACAGCAAUGGAGAUACCCGGAGGGCAAACGGCUACGGUGGUGCAGGUGGAGGACGAGAGCCCCGUGUAGGUGGAUAUGGCGGAUUAUCCGAGGAGCCUCAGCAAGCAGACUAUUCUACGUCGCCGUCGCGGGAGCGAAGCCGGGCUAGGGUAGAGCGUGAGCAGCGACAGGCGACCUCACGGUCGCGCACGAGAGAUCCGAAUGCGGGUGCCAGACGGGCAGGUGGAAGAGAUGAAACUGGCUAUACGAGUCGAUCGAGGGGAGGAGAGGGUUCAGAUGGUGCGCGGAGGGCCCGGGGAGCGCAGGCGAUAGAGGACAUCCUCCAGUCGAUCCAGCGUGACUGGGACUUCAUGGCCAGCGAUGAAUGCGUUCCUGUUCAGGUCGGGUUGCAAUUGAUGGACAACAGCACGUUGGGUAAAGCAGAUCGGGAACCGGAAUUCCUGGAGAUGCACAAGCAGAUUCAAAAGACGCUGAAGGCUAUUGUCAACGAGCACCACCAGGGUUUCAAUAGUUCUAUCGGUACAUACCAUAAGAUCCAAAGCAGCAUACAAAGCUCACAAACCCGCGUGCGGACGCUACGCGACUCUCUCGAAGAGACGAAAGCCGGUCUUCUCACGACCAAACCCGAAUUGAAAGGGCUGGCUCACUCAUCUCAAAGCUACGAUGAUAUUCUACAGUUAUUCCACCAGAUCCAAGAGAUCCAAUCCCUGCCCGAGAAGCUAGAAGGUCGGAUAUCCGACAAACGUUUCUUGUCUGCGAUUGAUAUCUUGCAAGAUGCUCUUCGCCUUCUGCGGAGGUCAGACUUCGAUAGCAUUGGGGCUCUUGCCGACCUUCGGGCAUAUUUCAGCAACCAGGAGGUCUCUUUGACCGACAUCUUAAUCGAGGAGCUACAUGACCAUCUGUAUCUCAAAUCGCCCUAUUGCCAAGAUAGAUGGAAGCCUCCAGUGAUAAAUGGUCAAAGUAACGGGACGGCUAGUGUCUCCGGGGUUAAUGGCGUGACAACGUGGGAAAGGCCUGUCUACGGCUUCCUAGCGAAGUUGGACACGUCCUCGCCUAUGGUUGAGGAUGCUUCGAGGAACCCGGAAGCUGACACCUUCAGCUAUAUCCACAUGAUUAUUGAGGCACUCAAUAAAAUGGGACAUCUGGAUGUUGCUAUUGAUCGGAUAGAACAGCGAAUGCCUGUUGAACUUUUUGCGGUUGUCGACAAGACCAAUGCGGAAGUUGAUGCUCGAUACCCGAACCUGCCGCGAGGCUUUUCAUCCAGAGAUAGCACAAGUAACUCACCAGCUGAGAUCAACGAACAGCGCGGCCACGUGCUUAGUGAAUUCCUAUGGGCCUUGUAUGCUAAGUUUGAGGCAAUAGCGGAGAGUCAUCGAGUUGUCCAUGAUGUGGUCAAAGGCAUCGUGGAACGUGAAGACAUCCCCAAAGCCAGUAACUUGACCGGGGGCUUCAAGGAGCUAUGGAAACUAUAUCAAAGCGAGCUAUCUGAUGUCGAUCAAAACUCAUCCGAUAUGAAAGCCGAACAGGAUGACUUGGACGAGAUCCUGAGAUCUUCCGUCCCCGGUCUGGUGACUAAGUCAACUCAAAGAGCGACCACUACCGACUCUUCUCAGACCAGACAAGGAAAUUCGGGCACCGGCCAUAAGCUACUCAUCGAACCGAGUGUGUUCAAUAUGAGUCUUCUGCUACCCCCGUCUCUAUCUUUCAUCCAACGGUUGAAGGAUAUCGUGCCGGUCGACUCGGACAUUGUUAUGAGCACACUGACCUCUUUCCUGGAUGAUUUCUUAGUCAACGUCUUUCUGCCUCAGCUUGAGGAAGCUAUCACUGAUCUUUGCACAUUGAGUUUCAUUUCAGCAGAUGCCUUUACUGAGGAUCCGCAGUGGGCAGCCGUUUCUCCCAGACCGGUCUUUAAGGGGACUGUCCAAUUCAUGAACCUUGUCAAAGCAUUUAGCAAGAUGUUGGAUACUAUUCCUCAAGAUCAGACGUUUACACAGCUUGUCAUUAGCCAAGUUGUGACAUACUAUGACAAGUGCUGCGGCUGGUACAAGGCAAUUGUCUCCAAGAUUUCCCCGCAAGCACCGGGGGGCGUCCGUCUCAAAGCAGCCGCGGCUUUUGCGGAAUCAGGCGAGAUCCGGGAUACAGUACUUGAGCUAUGGCAAAACCCCGGUGAUAAGAAAAGAGAACUUGUCGAUAAGGAAAUCGAUCUUAUGAUCAAGGAGACAAAUAAGAAUCCUCUCGUGCCGUAUGAUAUCAUCUCAGAUCCUAAGACGGUCGUUGCGCUGUCAUUACUGUAUAAUAGCAUGCAAUGGCUUGCCAGUCAUCUUGUGAAGUUGCGACAUGUCAGUCAGAGCGAGUCGCGGCCGCAGUCAUCCUCGGGGCGUGUUCCUCACUCUCGUCGAUGGACUCUUAUUACGGCUAUGAGGACAAAGCGGGACAGUGUUAGCCAGUCGGUCUAUCUUCCUCUCAAUCCUGAGACUGCAGUAGCAUUCGAUACCACAGUGCAGUCGCUCCGAGAUCUCGCCACAGCAGCGCUUCUUACGCUGCACAUUGAUAUCCGGUGCGGCAUUAUCCACAUGCUUACCAAGGCCAUGGCGGGACCAAACCCUCCCCCUCCUCAAUUACGUGAAUCGAAUACUCCUAUUACUCCUUCACCCGAUCCGAACGUGCAUUGGCACCAUAUCAUCCCUAACCAGCCGACAUCUGCGUCUCCGGCGGUCCUUGAACUAAACACUGAUCUGAUUUCCUUCGACACGAACGUCUCUGCGUAUGUGGGCCCGAAUGAACAGUGGUUCAUCUCUUCGGGCCUUGCCAGGUUCAUCGACAAGGUCUUCAUCUCCUGCACUAGAUAUAUUGGGGCAAUGAACCAUAACGGCGCUCUGCGCCUUCAGCUGGACGUUCUUGUCCUCCAACAGAACCUGAAGAAUAUAAUUGUGGAUCCAACCGGUGAGGACACCGAGAGAAGCAACGCCCUAGACGAUCCGAGCCAGCCGCACGAGGUUGUCGCCCUCCCUCGCAGUGCCAAGUUCCUCGACUGGUUCCUUGAAGGAGCCGAAAAAGCACUUGACUAUGCCAAGGAAGAGAAGGAACUAUUUGCAGCGCAAGGCGAUAAAGCACUGGCGGCUGGAAACGGCGAACCUUUCUCUUACGAUGAGCUAAAGAUACUGGUAGACCUCUGUUUUUCCGAAAUUAUGAAGGGCCCUCGCGGUGCAGAGAAUCGCGAGGAUUUCAUGGCAGCCAAGAGAGGGAUCGCCGAUGCAAUGCUCAGGCUCAGCGAGGUCAUGUGGGAUUCUUAG